CUCCCUCCUGCCUUCCCCGUGUCCAUUCGACGAAAACAACGCCAUAGGUGCCUUUCAGAAUGCCGAAGCCAUACAGGCCUCUGCUCCCAGCCAGCCGCGGCAGCGACCCGAGUCGCGAUACCUCCCAAUUCUCGGCAACUGGGUCUACCGACAACCCAUCCGGCGCGCCAGGCCCACGCAUAGUCAAGCGCCGCCUCAGUAGCUGUACAGCAUGCGUGGAUUGUCGAGCUCGCAAAAAGAAAUGCAAUGGCGCUUGGCCGGCCUGCUCAAAUUGUGUUGCCCGUGGCACCACUGCCUGCCAGUACAAGCACCCAAGCAUGGAUCCAGGAGGGAAGAUACUCGAGCUUCUCCGCUCACUGUCUCUGAGCCAGGCACAUACUGCUCUCGCCAUCCUGCGCUCCCAGCCGGAUGAGGGUGUUGUCCUGGCCUCCAUUAAGCACGAUACUGAACCCCUCGGCGUCGAGCUGCAAUCAAGGCCCGUUCCUCUGCCCCUAGAGAGCGAGUUGCUGGCAACAUAUCCCAAUGCCUAUCUUAAGAAUCCGGUUCCCGCCACAGCCCUCCGCCAUAGCCAUCUCAUGAGUUCCUACAAACCCCCUGGAGGCGAGCCUUCGUUACAAGGUUAUGAUCAUGGGGCACCCUCGCGACCUCGUACCGGGUCUGGAUCUAGAGACCUACAUUCUCCAAGGAUAAGCUGGUUUUCCAAAUUUGAAGAUGUUCCGCCUAUCGACGUCGACUCUGCUGUCAGGCAAUAUCGGUUCCCGCUCGUGGCCGGCGGCAGCCCGGCCAAAACCCCCGAGCUUUACGACCGACGACUUAAGAAGCUCGACAUUAGCUUUUGGACUAAUGUUGACGUCGCCAAUAGCUUUGCGGCUCAGGCAUUGUCGCUGUACCUCGAGACCGACCAUCCCUACUCGGACUGUUUGACGCAGACAUUUUUAUAGCCGACCUAGUAGAACACCGUACGCGAUACUGCCCUUCGUUCCUCGUGAGCACGCUUAUGUACUUCAGCUGUAUACGUCCCUGCCUCCAGAGAUAGUACCCCGCCAACACGAAUCGCGCGACUGACACCGACUAAAGCAGAUGUAUAGUGCGCUGGAUAGGCGAGCAUCUUACCUCAUUGUGCCUUUCUGGAGCGAAGCUAGUCGUCUUGCUUCCCAUGAGAGUGAGCACGA